CGGCUACAUGCCACGUCGUACCGCUCCGCCCUCCCCGCAGACAGCCGCUCGGACUCGCCGGUGCGGAGCGAUGCCCGGCGCCUCCUCCCACCGCCGCUGCCCGGUCCGCGCCGAGACGCCACCGUGAGCCGCCGAGGCCCACACGAUCCCCCCCAGGCGGACUCGGACGGGAUGCCCUCGGACGGGGCUCGGAGCGGUUGUUGAAACCCAGCCCGCGCGCGCGCUCACGUGUUAGAAUAACAACGCGAAGAUGGGAUUCCUGCACCAGCUCCAUCUCCUCCUGUGGAAGAACAUCACCCUGAAGAGGAGGGGGCCGUGGGUGCUGGCCUUCGAGAUCUUCAUCCCACUCGUCCUCUUCUUCAUCCUCCUGGGUCUGAGGCAGAAGAAACCAGCCAUUCCUGUCAAAGAAGUGUCCUUCUACAGCGCCGCCCCCCUCACCUCCGCCGGCAUCAUUCCCAUCAUGCAGUCGCUUUGUCCCGACGGACAGCGGGACGAGUUUGGAUUCCUGCAGUACAAAAACUCCACUGUGACUCAGCUGCUGGAGAGGAUCAGCGAGGUGGUGGAGGAGAACCGCCUCUUCACCUCGGACCGGCCUGGUCUGGGUCAGGAGCUGGAGACCCUGCAGCAGCACCUGGAGAGCCUGAGCUCCACGCCGCUGCCCCCAGACUACAGCUUCAACAGCAGCCAAGGCUUCACGCUCGCCAGCGUGUUGAAGAACCAGACGCUUUUCCUUCAGUUCCUCCAGAAGAACCUCUCACUGUCUAACUCCACGGCCGGCCUGCUGCUCGACACGCCGCUGAGCCUCAGAGAGGUGCACAGUCUCGUGUUUGGCACACCUCUGAGAGGCGGUGCAGGAGCUCAAAGCUGGAUUCAGGGAGUGAAAGAUCCCAAACAGAAACCAGGAGAUAAAGGUCUUCAUCUGGAGGAGAAGCUGCUGGGAGGAGUCCACAGUCUGGACGGAGGUCUGAUACACGGAGCCUUACGAGACCCGACGAAGGCGGCCCACCGGCAGGCUCUGCUCCGCCUCAUGUCCCGGGCCUUUGGCCUGGCCGAUGUGUCUGGAAGGCAGAGGAGCGACCAGCAGGGCAUGAAGGAGGCGGAGGGGGCAUUGCUGAGCGGGGCCGUGCUGGAGGCCCUGACCUGCGGGGAGAGCGCCUCCGCCCGGCUCGGCGACAUCCUGCUGGUCCCCGAGAGGCAGCGACCGGUACUGCAGGCUUACCGCAGCACCCUGUGCAGCCAGGGGGAGGGUCAAAGGUCGGAGCGCUUCAGGCAGCUGAGCCUGGAGCUGAGGGAGCAGAUCAACAGCCAGAGUCUCGCCGAGAAGCUGCACCUGGAGCACCCCCCCUCUCUGCUGCCCCUGACCCAGUCCCACCUGGGGGCCCUGCUGAAGGACCUGGCUGAUGUGGAGCGGCUCCUGAAGGAUGUGGACGUCCUCUCCGGCCUCGCCCGCCUCCUGCCUAAAGGGGCCUGUGCCGGGCGUGCUGCGACCCCCGCCGCCAACGCCAGCUGGGCCCUCAACGCCACCACCUGGGGCCUCAACGCCACCGAUGUCCCUCCGGAGGAGACAGCGGGGGAGGAGGGAGUGGAGGGGGCAGGAAGGGGAAGAGGAAGAGGGAAGGAGGACGGAGAAAACCCUCAUUCUCAGUUCUCUGCGUUCGUGCAGCUGUGGGCCGGACUGCAGCCCAUCCUGUGUGGCAACAACAGGAUCAUCGAGCCGGAAGCGUUGAAGCAGGGAAAUAUGAGCUCUCUGGGCUUCACCAGCAAAGAGCAGAGGAAUCUCGGCCUCCUGGUUCACCUGAUGACCGCCAACCCGAAGAUCCUGUACUCGCCCAUUGGCUCACAGGUCGACAAAGUCAUCCAGAAGGCCAACGAGACGUUUGCGUUCGUGGGGAACGUGACGCACUACACCAGAGUGUGGCUCAACAUCUCGGCCCAGCUGCGGACGUUCCUGGAGGAGGGCCGGCUGCACACGCACCUGGUGUGGCUGCAGCAGCUGUCGUCGGAGCUGCAGCAGCACCCGGAGCUGCUGAACGGCACGGACAGCGAGCUGAUGCAGCAGCUGAUGGAGGGGAACUACAGCCUGCCCAACACCUCCACCCUGCUGGAGCAGCUGGACACCAUCGAUAACGCCGCCUGCGGCUGGACGCGCUUCAUGUCCAAGGUCAGCGUGGAUGUCUUCAAGGGUUUUCCUGACGAGGACAGUAUUGUCAACUACACCCUGAACCAGGCCUACCAGGACAACGUGUCCGUGUUCGCCAGUGUAAUUUUCCAGACCAACAAAGAUGGGUCCUUGCCACCACAUGUUCUGUAUAAAAUCAGACAAAACUCCAGCUUCACUGAGAAGACCAAUGAAAUCAGGAGAGCCUACUGGCGCCCAGGACCCAACACAGGAGGGAAAUUUUACUUCCUCUACGGCUUUGUUUGGAUCCAGGAUAUGAUCGAGAGAGCCAUCAUCAACACGUUUGUUGGACACGAUGUGGUCGAGCCUGGAAACUACGUUCAGAUGUUCCCGUACCCGUGUUACACCAGAGACGACUUCCUGUUUGUCAUCGAGCACAUGAUGCCUCUGUGCAUGGUCAUCUCCUGGGUUUACUCCGUCGCCAUGAUGAUUCAGCACAUCGUGGCAGAGAAGGAGCACCGCCUCAAAGAGGUGAUGAAGAUGAUGGGUCUGAACAACGCUGUCCACUGGGUGGCGUGGUUCAUCACCGGCUUCGUCCAGCUCUCCAUAUCCGUCACCGCGCUCACGGCGAUCCUGAAGUAUGGUCGGGUGCUGCUGCACAGCGACCCCUUCAUCAUCUGGCUCUUCCUCACCAUCUAUGCUGUGGCUACCAUCAUGUUCUGUUUCUUGGUGUCCGUAAUCUACUCAAAAGCCAAACUGGCAUCAGCCUGUGGAGGAAUCAUCUACUUCCUCAGCUACGUGCCCUACAUGUAUGUGGCCAUCAGGGAGGAGGUGGCCCACGAUAAGAUCACUGCCUUCGAGAAGUGCAUCGCUUCUCUGAUGUCCACCACAGCUUUUGGCCUGGGCUCUAAGUACUUUGCGUUGUAUGAGGUGGCGGGUGUGGGCAUCCAGUGGCGGACCAUCAGCCAGUCCCCGGUGGAAGGCGACGACUUUAACCUGGGUCUCUCCAUGAUGAUGCUCAUCAUCGAUGCUGCGGUGUACGGCGUGCUCACUUGGUACAUCGAGGCCGUGCAUCCAGGAAUGUACGGGCUGCCCCGCCCCUGGUACUUCCCUCUGCAGAGAUCCUAUUGGUCAGGCAGCGGUCGUGUGGAGACCUGGGAUUGGACGUGGUGCGGAGGCGGAGCUACCAGGCUCAGCGUGAUGGAGGAAGAUCAGGCGUGUGCAAUGGACCAGCGGAGGUCUGAGGAGAUGCGUGGCAUCGAGGAGGAGCCGAGUCACCUGCCGCUGGUGGUCUGCAUCGACAAACUGACCAAAGUCUACAAGACCGGCAGCAAGCUGGCGCUCAACAAGCUGAGCCUCAACCUGCACCAGAACCAGGUGGUCUCCUUCCUGGGACACAACGGAGCUGGGAAGACCACCACCAUGUCCAUCCUGACCGGCUUGUUCCCGCCCACUUCGGGCUCUGCGACCAUCUAUGGCCACGACAUCCGGACGGAGAUGGAGCGUAUCCGACAGAAUCUGGGCAUGUGUCCACAGCACAACGUGCUGUUCGACAAGUUCAGCGUGGAGGAGCACCUGUGGUUCUACUCCAGGCUCAAGGGCAUGGACGAGGAGGACAUCCGCAAGGAGAUGGACAAGAUGAUCGUGGACCUGGAGCUUUCCAACAAGCGUCACAGCCUGGUGCAGACGCUGUCUGGGGGGAUGAAGAGGAAGCUGUCUGUGGCCAUUGCCUUUGUGGGCGGUUCUCGGGCUGUCAUCCUGGACGAGCCCACGGCCGGAGUGGACCCCUACGCCCGCAGAGCCAUCUGGGACCUCAUCCUCAAGUACAAACAGGGCCGGACAAUCCUGCUGUCCACUCACCACAUGGACGAGGCCGACCUGCUGGGAGAUCGCAUCGCCAUCAUCUCACACGGGAAGCUGAAGUGCUGCGGCUCGCCGCUCUUCCUGAAGAGCACCUAUGGAGACGGAUACAAACUGACGCUGGUGAAGAAGCAGAGCGAAGGGCGGGGUGAGCUGCAGCCGCCUUCGUCUCUGUCUCCAUCCUCUCUGUCACCCUGCUCUGAAGCUCGGGUCACACAGUUUAUCCGACAGUUCGUAGCGUCUUGCCUACUGGUGUCUGACUCCAACACUGAGCUGUCCUACGUCCUGCCCUCCGAGGCCGUCAAGAAGGGCUGCUUUGAGAGGCUGUUCCAGGCUUUGGAGCAGAGUUUGGACAGCUUGGCUCUGACCAGCUUUGGAGUGAUGGACACCACACUGGAGGAGGUCUUCCUCAAAGUGUCAGAGGAAGAUCAGUCUCUGGAGAACAGCGACUCUGCAGACAUGAAGGGGUCACCAGGGGGCAGCUCGGUGGGGAAAUCCUCGGUGGGGCCGCAGGAUGAGAUGGGACCCUCAGUGGAGAACGAGAAACCGGAGGUGGAGCUGAGUAACCUGGUGAUGUGCUCCAAGCUGAGCCAGAGUCAGUCCUCCCUGAAGUCCUCCUCGUCCGUGGGGUCAGUGCGGGGGGACGAGGGAGGGCUGUACGCAGACUUCUACGGAGACUACUGCCCGCUGUUUGACAACGGCCAAGAGUCAGACUCUGCCAGCCUGAGGGGGGAGGCUGAGAACCCCUCAUCCCCGGAGCCAGAGGUCCUGGAGGGGCAGGGAAGCUUCAAGCUGGAGGGUUGGUGGCUGAAGCUGAGUCAGUUUCAUGGUCUCAUUGUCAAGAGGUUCCACUGCGCAAAGAGGAAUACCAAAGGCCUCUUCUCCCAGAUCCUCCUGCCCGCCUUCUUCGUCUGCGUGGCCAUGACCGUGGCCUUAUCCGUGCCAGAGAUCGGAGAUUUGCCUCCACUGAUUCUCUCUCCAUCUCAGUAUCACAACUACACCCAACCGAGAGGCAACUUCAUCCCCUACGCAAACGAGGACCGGCCUCAGUACAGGAAUAAACUGUCCCCGGACGCCAGCCCACAGAAGGUCAUCAACACCCUCCGCCUGCCGUCGGGUGUCGGUGCCACCUGUGUCCUCAAGACGCCUUUCAACAGCACCCUGGACCAACUGGCCCAGACCCUCAACCCCUCCGCCAAUAACUCCAAGACGCUGGCUGCCCGAUACUUCGACUCCAUGUGUCUGGACUCCUUCACGCAGGGUGUCCCCCUCUCUAACUUCGUCCCACCACCUCCCUCUCCGGCCCCCUCGGAUGACCCUGACCCCCGUUUUGUGGACGGCUUGUGGAACUUCACGGUCGCUCCUCCGACUACAGUCCGCGAGCCCGUCACCUCUCCCCCCACCCUCCCGCUGUCCAUCCACGAGCCGGUGCGCUGCACCUGCUCCAUGCAGGGGACGGGCUUCUCCUGCCCCAGCGGGGUCGGGGGGCGACCCUCCCUCAUGAAGGUGGUGACGGGCGACAUCCUGGUGGACAUCACGGGCCGUAACGUCUCCGAGUACCUGCUCUUCACGUCGGACAGGCUGAGGCUGCACAGAUAUGGUGGUCUAACAGUGGGAAACAUACAGAAAUCAAUCCCAGCAUCCUUUGGGAGGCAGAUCCCUCCGAUGGUGCGUAAGAUUGCAGUGCGCAGAUCAGCUCAGGUCCUGUACAACAACAAAGGUUACCACAGCAUGCCCACAUACCUGAACGUGCUCAACAACGCCAUCCUGAGGGCCAACCUGCCCCCCUCCAAGGGGAACCCCGCCGCCUACGGUAUCACAUUGACCAACCAUCCAAUGAAUCGAACCAGUGCCAGCCUCUCUCUGGACUACCUGCUGCAGGGUACUGACGUGGUGAUUGCCAUCUUCAUCAUCGUGGCCAUGUCCUUCGUUCCCGCCAGCUUUGUGGUUUUCCUCGUGGCAGAAAAAUCCACAAAAGCCAAACACCUGCAGUUUGUGAGCGGCUGUGACCCCGUCAUCUACUGGCUGGCUAACUAUAUUUGGGACAUGCUGAACUACCUGGUUCCUGCCACGUGCUGCGUUAUCAUCCUGUUUGUGUUCGACCUGCCUGCCUACACCUCUCCGACCAACUUCCCCGCUGUUCUCUCCCUCUUUCUGCUUUAUGGGUGGUCUAUCACCCCCAUCAUGUACCCGGCUUCCUUCUGGUUCGAGGUCCCCAGCACUGCUUACGUCUUCCUCAUAGUCAUCAACCUUUUCAUCGGCAUCACUGCGACCGUGGCUACAUUUCUCCUUCAGCUCUUCGAGCAUGAUAAGGAUCUGAAAAAAGUCAACAGCUACCUGAAGUCCUGUUUCCUCAUCUUCCCCAACUACAACCUGGGCCAUGGUCUGAUGGAGAUGGCCUACAAUGAGUACAUCAAUGAGUACUACGCAAAGAUAGGUCAGUUCGAUAAGAUGAAGUCUCCUUUCGAGUGGGACAUCGUGACCCGGGGGCUGGUUGCCAUGACGAUCGAAGGCUUCGUGGGCUUCCUCAUCACCAUCCUCUGCCAGUACAACUUCCUCAGGAAACCCCCGAGGGUGCCGGUCAGCUGCCAACCCAUCGACGAUGACGAUGUGGACGUGGCCUGUGAGAGACGGCGAGUUCUGCGGGGGGACGCCGAAAACGACAUGCUGAAGAUCGAGAACCUGACCAAGGUGUACAAGUCCAGGAAGAUGGGUCGGAUCCUGGCCGUGGACCGUCUGUGUCUGGGGGUCCGGCCCGGUGAGUGUUUUGGGCUGCUAGGUGUGAACGGAGCUGGUAAGACCACCACCUUCAAGAUGCUGACGGGAGACGAGUGCACCACCGGAGGAGAGGCCUUCAUCAACGGGAACAGUAUCUUGAAGGACCUGCUCCGCGUGCAGCAGAGUAUCGGUUACUGUCCACAGUUUGACGCUUUGUUUGACGACCUGACAGCCAGAGAACAUCUGGAGCUUUACACUCGCCUCCGAGGGAUUCCCUGGAAGGACCAAGAACGGGUGGUGCAGUGGGCGUUAGAGAAGCUGGAGCUGUCCAAGUAUGCAGACAAACCGGCCGGCACGUACAGCGGAGGGAACAAACGCAAGCUGUCCACCGCCAUCGCCCUGAUCGGAUACCCAUCACUCAUCUUCCUGGAUGAGCCCACGACUGGAAUGGACCCGAAGGCCCGCAGAUUCCUGUGGAAUUUAAUCCUGGACAUCAUAAAGACGGGCCGCUCGGUGGUGCUGACGUCACACAGCAUGGAGGAGUGCGAGGCGCUCUGCACCAGACUGGGCAUCAUGGUGAACGGCAGGUUCAAGUGUCUGGGAAGCAUCCAGCACCUGAAGAACAGGUUUGGAGACGGAUACAUGAUCACCGUGCGGACCAAGAGCAGCUCCAACGUGAAAGAGGUGGUUCGCUUCUUCAACAGGAAUUUCCCCGAGGCCGUGCUCAAGGAGCGUCACCACACCAAGGUGCAGUACCAGCUGAAGUCGGAGCGCAUGUCACUGGCUCAGGUCUUCAGUAAGAUGGAGCAGGUGGUGGGGGUGCUGGGCAUCGAGGACUACUCCGUCAGCCAGACCACGCUGGACAACGUGUUUGUCAACUUUGCCAAAAAGCAGAGCGACAACCUGGAGCAGCAGGAGGUGUCGCCCACCGGUGGAGGACAGUCGCCACUGCAGCGCGUCCUCAGUCUGCUGAAGGCUCGUCCCGCCAACACGGAGCUCAACGCCUUGAUCAGCGAGGCGGCCGACGAGCUGGAGAGCGAUGACGACGAGGGACUGAUCAGCUUCGAGGAGGAGAGGGUGCAGCUGUCCUUCAGCACAGACACUCUCUGUUGAAGUGUUUUUGGAUCAGAGGGUGGAGCAGAGCGGACAGGAAGUGAUGUCAGCACUCUGUACCUGAGAGAAGGAGCUGACCUCGAGGACCAAAUCUGUGUGCAGGGGGGCCCGGGACCCCUGGAACUGGCUUUGGGGGCCGGAGCCCCUGCAGAUCUGCAGCUGAAGACUCAGGCUUGAAUCUGGACUGAGCACUGUCUCUAUAUUUCUUUUGAGAACGUCUGCGAGCGGCUGGGCGGCUCCUGUUCCUGCACUGAACACUGCAGCGCCUGUCAUUAAACUGUUGUCUUGCUUCGUCUCAGUGACGGAGCAGAUCGGGGGGGGGCGGGGGGGGGGGGCUCUGUUUCCUGGUGACGAGACGGAUACCAACCGGCUGGUUGUGGUGCUGGUGGUGCCUCCCUCUCUCUCUCUCUCUCUCUCUCCACCCUGAACUCAGUGCUGGGUAGGGGAUCACCCUGCAGUGGGGAACAGACCCUCCACUGGCCGGGGAGGCCUGAAGGAACUCUGCAUCGCAUCACUGUGACAGCCAGCAGGAGCUCUCAGAUCAUACACCAGUUUAACUUUACGUUCCAGGAACUCGGAGGACUCGGGGACCUUUUUUUCCAACUCUUUGUUUGGCAUGUGGGUUUAACAGCUCUCGCUCUCUCACGGGUUUUGUGAUAACCGAGUUGUAAAAUGUCCUGUUGAAAAAACAAAAAAAACAAGAGUAAUUCCUGUGUUAUUUCUUCUUUCACAGCUAACUGCAGUCGGAUGAGCAUUUUCUUGGUGAUUAUUUUGCCUCUGCUGGACUUUUUGUUUCCUGUUUGAAGGGGUGGUCAAUAAACUCAGAAACAAACUG